CUUAAUCUCUUUUUUCUCCUUUGAGUUAGAAUUACAGUUAACUAAAAUUUACCAUACUUUCCCGCCUCCUUUAUUUUCUGGUUUUUGAAGCGUAUGUAAUCCGUAUUGUAAGUAGUGCAAGUAGCUGUUUUUUUUUUAGUGUAAGUAUCUCAGUUUAAGUAAGUAUUGCAAGUUUUUGUAUUGCAAGUAGAGUAUAGUAUUGUUAGUAGCGUAUCUCACAUUGUAAAUAAGUAUUGUUUUGUAAGGAGAGUAUAGUUCUGUUAGUAGCGUAAGUAACAUACAUUGUUUGUAAGUAAGUAUUGUAAGUAAGUACUUUGUAAUUGCGAGUGUUUUAAUUAAAUUAAAAAACAAACAAACAAAACAAAACAAAACAAAAAAAAGUAAACAAACAUGAAAAGAAAUCCUUCAAUCCUUGAAAUUUGAAGACACUGUUGUGAUAGAGGCAAAUCCAGAUAAAAAAAAAAAAAUCUAUUAAAAGUGUUAAGUGAGACCAUCAUCAGAUAGAUAGAUAGGUACUUUAUUAAAUACAUUGCAGCAUAAGCUGAAUUGCGUAUUUACAUAAUGAUAAUAAUUUAUAUUAACAAUUGUAAAAAUAGGCAAUAAUUGUAAUAGCUAAAACUAAAAACGUAUAAUAAGAAACCUAAAAAUUAUUUACAAUUCUGCCUGAGGCCAUAAAAAAACUGUUCUUAAAUCUAUUUGUCUUGCAACGAGGCAAAGUGAAAGUGCGCGCGUUCCUUAGAUUAUAGUUGCCCUUAUAUGAAGGCGGCAACAAAUUUCUUAACUUGUGGUUCGGGUCGCUCAUUAUGCUUUCAAACGUGCGCGUGCAAAUGUUGUGGUGAUGCUCCGCAACCGUUGGUAGACUCAUAAGCGCUAAAGCUUGCUGAUAUUCCAUACCAGGACAUAUGAUUCGCAUUGCUCUUUUCUGAACGCGUUCUAAUUCUAGCGAAAGGUAGGCUGGUAGCGCGUGAUGGAAAACUGGCGCAGCAUAGUCAAUAACGGAGCGCACGCAUGUGAUGUAAAAAAGGCAUAAAUCUUUCUGUGGAACACGAGCUCUUUUUAGCUGAACAAGAAAAUAGAGCCUCUUAGCUGCCUUCUUGGUAACUUCCGUGAUGUGCGCGUUCCAUGUUAAGUCACCAGAGAUAGUAACACCCAAAAGUUUAGCAUCUUUAACUAAUUUGAUGCACUCCUCUCCUAUGACUACUGGAGGAAAGUCACAAUCUGAUGUAAAACUGAUGCGGAGCUCCUUGCAUUUGUCUGUGUUUAACUUGACUCUGUUUCUGAUUGACCAAUUUACUACUUCAUUUACAAUACCUUGAGCCUCGCUAUGCUGUCCUUUCUUUAUUACCUCUGAUGUUGUGGUGUCGUCUACAUAUUUCCAAAUAGAAGCAUUACUGACGGUUAGAUCAUUUAUCAUAAUCAAAAAAAGCCAAGGGUCUAGUUUGGUCCCUUGCGGAACGCCCGAAGGUACUGUGCCCCACUCGGAUACACAGCCUUCAGAGAGUUUGAUUCUCUGUGAGCGGGCUGAUAGGAAAUCUAUUAUCCAAUUAAUGACGCUAGGUGCGAUGUCAAGCGCGCAUAAUUUCCUUACUAAGAUACUAUAGUAGGGGAAGAUAAGUUGAAUGAGGUUCUUUUACUAUAUGCAGAAGAAUUAAAGGAGAAGAAAAUUGAGAUGCCGCUUGCAAUUGUAUACGGUACCCUUGCAACAUGUGCUGAUGCCUUCCUAUUUUUUAGCCAGGUUCUGACCCUUUAUCUAAAAACCGCUUAUUUGGUCAGUUUCAUGCCGAAUAGCCAGAACAUGAGAAAGAGCGCAUUCUCAAUGAAAUAA